AUGUAUAUCAACAAUAUUUUUCUGCCUUUAGGUUGUUAGCAUGGAGUGGAAGAUGAAGAGGCACCUUCUGAACAGAGCAUUUCUUUAGGAGUGUCACAUGUUAGUACUUCCAAGGCAAGUUCAUCCAUUCAGAUGGCUCACCCUUGUGAUGUAUGUGCCCCCCUCUUGAAAGAUAUUUUGCACCUGGAUGAACACAAGGGAAUACACCAUGGACUGAAACUUCACUCAUGUGGGGCAUGUGGGAGACAAUUCUGGUUUAGUGCAAACUUUUACCAGCACCAAAAGCAUUACAAUGCAGAGAAACCCUUAAGAGAUGAAGGUGAGGCCUCAUUUGUGAAGAACUUCACAGUUUGCGAAGAACCUCACCUGUCCAAGAAGCCAUUUAUGUGUGAGGAGGAGCAGAAGAACUUCCAGGCUAGUUUGGACAGCCACCAGCAAAAGGCCACCCGCAGCAAGAAGACACUCAAAAGCACUGAGGGUAGGGAGGCCUUUCACAGUGGACAAAUGCAUUACAAGUGCAACGAAUGUGGGAAAGCUUUCAACCGCAAAGACACACUUGUCCAGCACCAGAGAAUCCAUAGUGGAGAAAAGCCACAUGAGUGCAGUGAAUGUGGGAAAGCUUUUAGCCGCAAAGCCACGCUGGUCCAACACCAGAGAAUUCAUACUGGAGAAAGGCCUUACGAAUGCAAUGAGUGUGGAAAAACCUUCAGUCGAAAAGACAAUCUUACUCAGCACAAAAGAAUCCACACUGGAGAAAUGCCUUAUAAGUGCAGUGAAUGUGGCAAAUACUUUAGUCAUCACUCCAACCUAAUUGUACACCAGAGAGUUCAUAACGGAGCAAGGCCCUUUAAGUGCAAUGAUUGUGGGAAAGUUUUCAGACACAAAUCCACACUUGUUCAGCAUGAGAGUAUUCACACGGGAGAAAAUCCUUAUGAUUGCAGUGAUUGUGGGAAAUCUUUUGGCCAUAAAUACACCCUCAUUAAACAUCAGAGAAUUCACACUGAGGCAAAGCCUUUUGAGUGUACUGAAUGUGGUAAAUUCUUUAGUAGAAGUUCUGACUUUAUUGCACACCAAAGAGUUCAUACUGGUGAAAGGCCUUUUGUGUGCAGCAAAUGUGGGAAAGACUUCAUCAGAACAUCUCACCUUGUUCGGCACCAAAAAGUUCACACUGGAGAAAGGCCAUAUGAGUGCAGUGAAUGUGGGAAAGCCUACAGCUUAAGCUCCCACCUUAAUCGGCAUCAGAAAAUUCACACUGCAGGCAGGCUUUAGGAGUAUUUUCAGUACAACAGGACUCGUCAGUGAGAUGUUGAGCCUCAUAUAUCUGAACAUUCACACGGACAAGAUACCUUGUGGUAUCAGGUUUAUAGGAAGGUUCCAGGGAUUUUGUUGCACUUUCUGACCUACUCAGGUUCUUUGCCAGAGUUUUGUCACUGUCAAUGCCUAUGGCUGAAACCAUCUUAACACUACUAGCUCAGUCAUCCCAACAUCCAGGGAAGGCAAGACUGUUCUCUAAUCUCUGGAGAGAAUCAUGAGACACUGGAAUUUAUUAGGGAUUCUCACUCCCUCCUCUCUGACUGGUGUAAGUGUGAAAAUGACUCAUCUUAAGCCAAGAGGACUUUAGCUGUAUUCUGAUUAUGGCUUAGCUUAAAGUUUACUUUCUCCAUGGACAUUGUUGGUCUCACGUGACACUUGUGAUAAAUUUUUCUAGCCUCCAAGCCAUUUGGCCUGUGAAAGUACUUGCCUCGUGUCACUCUAGUUGUGAUAAUAAAGGCCUUAUAGUUUAAGCCA